AUGAGCUUCGCCCCCUUCCGCCGGAUCCUCACGAGUCACGACGCCUCUGAUGUCGAUGGUACAAACGUUGUGGUCUUCGACGAUUUGGUGGAAAUCGCGCCCAUUGCUAACGGCAAUGGCCUGAGCCCGGUCUACGCUUCCCUUGGGCUCCCCAUCCGCACAAAGCACAGCACCACUAGCGAGGAGAUUACCGCCACGCUUCAGGACGCCGCCGAUAUAGUCACUCCGGGUGGCACCAAUGGCCGCGUAGUCGUGCUGCCACCCAACGGCUCAUUUGCGAUGCAUCGCACAGAUUCCGUCGAUUACAACAUCAUCAUCUCGGGCUCUGGAUUCCACGUCACCCCGAGCCCCAGCGGCGAUGUUCAGACGCCGGUAAAGGCUGGCGAACGUCGAUGA